UCACAGCCCAGUCAAGGAUAUUAGAACCACGUGGAAAAUCAAACUAGCGAAGGCUUGUUGUGACUAGACUAACACGAGGAAGUGGAGGGGGUGUUCUCUGACUAAUGAUUUUACUGAUAUCACUACAUCCCCCAACUCAGACAAAGUUAGGGUGAAACUGAUCGUCAAGGGAUCUGAGUUGACAUUAGAUGAUUCUGUAGAGUGAUCAGGACUUCUGAGUCGGACCAGCCCACCCUGAGGGUGAUCACCCAACCCGUCAAUAGUGCUGCUGUGCAUGGAGCUCAGACCCAAAACAAGGCACAGCACAUCCCACUUCUGACACCAUGUUGUGUGACCUGUUGAUAGUCUUGACUUGGAUAGAAACUUAGACGGAGACUACUCUUCUAGCUACUUUAAUUUCAAAUGGUUAGUAGAGGGAUGACAUACGUGUGUGCUCAGUGCAGGUCUCCGGAUGCAAAGAGAGGGAAGCUCGGUGUGACAUUACUUAAGAUUCUGAGCCACUAAAUAUGCAGAUAUGGACAAAUACAAGGAAGUGGAGGGGGUGUUCUUUGACUGAUGAUUUUACUGAUAUCACUACAGUGAAUACAGAGCAAUCGUGAAAAACGGAAGUUCCUCGGGCGAUAAUUAUGUUAUGCCGACGUCACACACUGACAGCAGACUAUCACUCGCUGGUGCAGUGACAGUGUCUCUGUGUGGGUGCACGGUUCGCCACUGUCGGUAACGUCUCUGUGAGAGGACGGCCGCGUCAUGGCAGUUCUACGUCGUCUUUAGAAAGUCGGGUUCCAAUUGUCCUUGACCCUUUUGUAGAGGCAUUAGAGACAUUGGAACCACAUGAAAAAUCAAACUAGCGAAGGCUUGUUGUGAAUACAGAGCAAUGAUCGUAAAAAAACGGAACUUCCUCGGCCUCGGGCGAUAAUUAAGGGUUGCUGAUGUCACACACUGACCGCAGACUGUCACAUGCCGAUGCAAUUUCAGUGUCCCCGUGUGGGUUCACGGUUUGCCACAGUCGGUAACCUCCCUGUGAGUGGACGGCCUCGUCAUGGCAGUUAACCUGAUAUUAACACUUCUGAUUAAUGUCGUCGUCGUCUUGAGUCGAGCCAGGUUAGCGGAGGGGCGCAGCUUUAACGUUUCCGUGCCCGAAAAUGCUACAGUCGGGACAGAGGUUGUCGGUGUGCGACACUGGCUGGGCAUGCAGAAAGCGGAACUUCCGUGUGUGAAAACGGAGGGAGAUCCGUACGACAGGUUCCUUCUGACUAAGGAAUGCACCCUUGUGGUGGCCAACGCUCUGGACUGGUCAGUACAGUCGGAAUAUACCAUCAAGAUUCGCGUCGGGCAUCGUGGAGAAGUCAGAAGUGUGUCGAUACAGGUUACCGACGUCCCGGGCUAUCCUCCCGUGUAUAAUGAGACGUGUGAGACUCCGAUCAACCCCGCCGGUAAGGACACCGGAGAAUUUCUGUUCAGACUUGACUUAAACGGUGAAGCCGAGACAGAAACUGGAGACGUUUAUGUGGUUAGGAAGACAAUAAGCAAGCCUCUUGAGAAUUGGAGUAGUCUGACACCAGUUUUCGACGCCGAAAACGAUGAAUGCAAGUUUCAGCAGAUAUGGGCUGUACGUAACGUACAUGAUGUACUAGUUGCAAGCGAACUGUGGUUCGAGAAUUUACAUAGCUUGUCUUGUCGUGCAGACGUCAGCGCUCCCGAUCUUACUUUCCACCAGUUUAAAACCGCUUAUGGACCGUCAAUGGCUGAUACUCGUAAGUUCAAUUGGAAAUAUGUUGUUGAAAGAUAUUCAGGUCAUCACAUGUUUAUGCGUAUGGCGAUUUUGCCAUUCCCAAUGAAGAGUACAACGCGGUAUGUCUGCCAAGUUCCGCCGUUAGGAAAACCAGUCAGAAUAGAUAGAACCCCACUAACAAAAGUUGUACACGUGCAGUCGUUCAACAUGGAAGUCCAUCCGCAAGGCUGUCCCGGGGAUAAAUACGGCUUACUCUGCGAUAAAAACUGCAUCUGUAAAAACGGAGCCCGCUGCCAUGGGUUUAAUGGGGCGUGUAAAUGUCAACACGGCUGGCAAGGUGUAGCCUGUGACAUUCCUAAACCUGACAUCGCCGCAACAACGACACCUAGCGAUUCUCGAGCCAUCUACAUUUCCACCAACGUGACGAUUCACUGCCGCGUGUACCACAUUGAUGUCGAAACUUUGUCUUUCCGGUUUCCAAAUGCAUCUGUGAUCAUGAGUAAAGGUGUAAGUCAAUUAGACAUAAACGUCUUUAACGCACAAUUACACAACAAAGGACGCUACACGUGUCAGGCUAGAGACAAGGGCGGACAAGUGUUCAAUGCAACUGUUGUGUUAAACGUCAACUGUCCUCCAAAUAGAAAAGGCGAACUUUGUGAUGAAGUGUGUGAUUGCCUACAUAGUGCCAGUUGUGACCGGUGGGCUGGCUGUGUGUGUCCGCCCGGGUGGACGGGAACCAGGUGUCAGACACAAUGUCCGGAGGGCACGUACGGUAAAGGCUGUGCAAAGACCUGUGGCUGCCAAAAUGGGGCGAGCUGUAGCCCUAGCGACGGUAGGUGUAACUGCACGGCCGGCUGGUACGGAUCGAACUGCGACGGAGCCUGUCCCAAAAGCAGGUACGGUUGGCGGUGCCGGCAGGUUUGCAGCUGUAAGAACAACGCCACCUGUCACCACGUGGACGGCAGCUGUGCGUGUGUGCCACCGUGGGGAGGGAGGAACUGUGACAAACUAGACGUCACUCCGGUUACAUCACUGAUUGAAAUCCUUGUUCCUCUGGGAUCCAUUCUCUUAAUAGUUUCCGUAUUAGUACUAAUCGUCCUCUAUACGACUGACUGUUUCGCGAAAAAAGAAGACCACGAAGCCGAAGUUCUCCGUGAGCUCAGGCGUGUGGAGGAGGAUCUAGCACAGAGGCUACAGCCAGGCUGGCUCAGACGUUGGGAGACGAAGAUCCGCCAUCUUACUCCUGGUCCGCUGAUAGGGGAAGGGAUGUUUGGGCAAGUCAGAAGGGCACAGCUGCGCACACCUGAGGGACAGCUUGAUGUGGCCGCCAAGACAGUUCGCGUGGAAGACUCACAAUCCUACCGAGACUUCUACAGAGAAGCAGCCAUACUGGUAACAGUGCACCAGGAACAAAAUGGAGGUCUUGGUGAGUCCAACAUUGUUCGACUUGUUGGGCUCAUCACCAAGUCUGCAGAAAAGUACAUUCUUCUGGAAUAUGCUCCAAAGGGUGAUCUGCUCGGGUUCUUACGAGGAAUAAGAAACGUCGAUCAGAUAAAACUGCUUGGAAGCCUUCUCGGAUACGCAGUCCACAUAUCCCGAGGUCUUCAAGAGCUGGAACGCUUGAGAAUCGCCCAUCGUGACGUGGCCGCUCGCAACGUCCUGAUCACUGCCGAUGACGUGGCCAAGCUGGCUGACUUUGGACUGGCCAGAGAUGUCUACGCCACUACUCAGUAUGUACGAACCAACCGUCCAGGCGUUGACGAACUCCUUCCGCUGAAGUGGAUGGCGCUGGAGUCCAUCGAGACAGGCGAGUACACCUGUCAGAGUGACGUCUGGUCCUUCGGCGUGCUGCUGUGGGAGAUAGCCACGCUGGGGAAAGAUCCGUGCUACGAUGGCAGGAUUCAGCUGAGCUUUCUACAGAUGGUAGGGAUUCUGAGGAGGGGAAUACGGAUGGAGAGGCCGCCGGGAUGUCCAGAGGACCUGUACCGACUGAUGAGGUCGUGUUGGCGCGAUGUACCAGCUACAAGACCGACUCCAGAAGGGAUAGAAAACAGGCUACUGCGACUGCUUCCUCAUGAGAUCAUUGAAAUGGAGACUGCUCUGUAGACAUUUUAGCCUUUGGCACUUUAAGGGUGAAGUGUUCAAGGGGUGUCGCACAAAUGAAGACUACAGACAACAAAACCAUCACUGCACAGUGAUAGAAGACUGUGUUUGAGUGGGGAGUGGGGAAUAUCAGAAAAUAUUCAUUGGUGCAUUGUAGCCUUCAGUUUUCGUUUCCUUCAAUUUCUGUCAUAUAUGCCUUGAGUUCCUGAUCGAUAAACCUCCUCCACAUUUGUAUGUACAUGUUUGAUUUUUAGGAGCCAUAUUAGAUAACUGUUGAUGUUCGAUGGGUGAAUAACCAAAAAGAGUAUCAGAAAAUCUGCUGGUUGUCAAUAGUGGGUCGGCUCUGCAUUUUAUUGAGUUGAAUAUUGUAUGUCGUCGGUAAGAAUCUUUGUGGAGGCAACUAUGUAGCUGCUAUUGUAGGAGGAGGAUAUAUGAUUAUUACAUCCUGGGUAAACUUGUUAUUUUCAUGUAUUGUACGAUGUUGGAACUAAUGACUUGAUGAAUUAUUGGUGAAUGUCGUCCCUAGUUUUAACUGUCAUAGAGAUUUCUCACCUACUGAAUUUAUCCUGUAUUCUAAACUCAAUCCUUAUAAAGGAAUAUCCAAUA